UUUAAUGAACAGCAGAAGGAAGUAGAUAUAUGUCUACUGCAAUAGAGGAAUGCUCAACAUUCUGUAGCGAAAGAGACCACAUCAAACUAAUAAAAAGGAGGAUUCUUCGUUCGGAUAUAAGGUGUUUGGAGUCUGCGGAAGUCACAUAUUAUCGUGGAAAUGAUCUUCGACCAGCCAUGGGGAUUGUGGUGAAUGUUGGGAAAUGUAUUGUACGAAUUCUAGAUAUCAGUGACUUAAGUCUACACAACCGACACGUUGAUCAAAUACAAUUCCAGGAACCACGUGAGUCUGGUCUAAUUUCGAUUGUUAAUUCUAAAACUAAUGAGUACAUUCUAGACAAUAAGGAGUCUUAAUCCAGUACACUGUGGAACAGACACAGGAUGAACUUAAGAAGAGGACGUAUAAUCGAUCGCAAACACUUAGACUCCAAUUAAAGCUGUGGCGGA